GGCCCCGGGGCGGGGCCGGCAGGGCAGGCGAAUCCCGGGCUGCUCGUGCAGCGCUGAUGAGACCAGCAGGUGGAGGCUCCCGUGGAGUUUGCAUCCCGUGAAGCCUUCAGGCGGCCCUAGAUCAUGGCUAAGAAAACAGUGCUUGCGUUCUUGGUGUUGGGACUAGCACUGUUCUGGGGACAUCGGACUUCUUUACAAAGGCGAUAUAAUGUUUUCCGUGAAGUAAGCCCAGUGGAACUUCCUAACUGUAAUUUAGUUAAAGGAAUCGGAUAUGGCUCUGAAGAUUUGGAGAUAAUGCCUAAUGGACUGGCUUUCAUUAGCUCUGGAUUGAAAUAUCCUGGUGUAAAGUGCUUUGAGCCUGAUAAGCCUGGAAAAAUAUAUCUAAUGGACCUGAAUGAAGACGAUCCACCGGUGUGGGAACUGGACAUUACUGGGAGUCAAUUUGAUUCAGCCUCAUUUAACCCUCAUGGGAUUAGUACAUUCAUAGAUGAAGAUCAUGUCGUGUACCUGAUGGUGGUAAACCAUCCGCAGUUCAAGACCACAGUGGAGUUGUUUCAGUUCCAAGAAAAAGAGAAAUCACUUUUGCAUCUGAAAACUAUCAAACACAAGCUUCUGCCCAGUGUGAAUGACAUUAUUGCUGUGGGGCCUGAACACUUUUAUGCUACCAACGAUCACUAUUUUGCUGAUACCUACAUCAAAUCCUGGGAGUUGUAUUUGGGGUUAGCAUGGUCCUUCAUUGUUUAUUAUAGUCCCAAUGACGUUCGAGUAGUGGCAGAAGGAUUUGAUUUUGCUAAUGGAAUCAACAUCUCACCUGAUGGCAAGUAUGUCUAUGUGGCUGAACUGAUGGCUCAUAAGAUUCAUGUGUAUGAAAAGCAUGCUAAUUGGACUUUAACUCUAUUGAAGUCCCUUGAAUUUAACACUCUUGUGGACAACAUAUCUGUGGAUCGGACGACGGGAGACCUCUGGGUUGGCUGUCACCCCAAUGGCAUGAAAAUCUUCUUCUACGAUGAGCAGAAUCCUCCUGCAUCAGAGGUGCUUCGAAUCCAGGACAUUUUAACUGAAGAACCCAUAGUAACUGUUGUUUACUCAGAAAAUGGUACUGUGCUACAGGGCAGUACGGUGGCCGAUGUGUACAAAGGGAAAAUGCUGGUUGGCACUGUGUUCCACAAAACACUCUACUGUGAGCUCUGACACGCUGACUGGCACCCAGGCUGCGGAAGCUGGGAGCACAUGAUUGCAAAUGACUGCCAGUUUCACAACCAACCAUCCGCAGCGCCCUCGGCAGAACAGAGGAGGAGGAGUCUCUACUUGACCUUGGGAGGCAUGCAAGUGCAUUGUAACUGGGAACAAAGAUGGGGGUAGGAUAUUCUUGAGAGUGUCCUAUCAAAUCACUCAUGGAAUACUGUUUCCAAUAAAGCCCCCUUUUGUGUAAAAGGGUAAAUUUGUUCUAUCACCUG